AUGGGAAAAACAGGAGAACAGGAGAAUGGGGAAAUGGGAGAAGGGGGAAGGGGAGGAGGACAAGAGGACAGGAGGACAGGAGGAGGACAAGAGGACAGGAGGAGGACAAGAGGACAGGAGGAGGACAGGAGGACGGGAGGAGGACAAGAGGACAGGAGGAGGACAGGAGGACGGGAGGAGGACAGGAGGACGGGAGGAGGACAACAGGACGGGAGGAGGACAACAGGACGGGAGGAGGACAACAGGACGGGAGGAGGACAACAGGACGGGAGGAGGACAACAGGACGGGAGGAGGACAACAGGACGGGAGGAGGACAAGAGGACAGGAGGAGGACAGGAGGACGGGAGGAGGACAAGAGGACAGGAGGAGGACAGGAGGACGGGAGGAGGACAACAGGACAGGAGGAGGACAACAGGACGGGAGGAGGACAACAGGACGGGAGGAGGACAACAGGACGGGAGGAGGACAACAGGACGGGAGGAUGGAGCACAGAACACCAGACACAACAGUAG